CGGCCCAGGAUGGCGUCGGCUACGAGCCUCAUCCAGAUGCUGCGGAACUGGGCAUCUGGGCAUGACUUGCAGGCAAAGCUGCAGCUCCGGUACCAGGAGAUCGCCAAGCAGACUCAGCCUCCUCCCAAGCUCCCCGUGGGCCCCAGCCACAACCUCUUCAACAAUCACUACUGCACUCGUGACGGCCGCCGGGAGUCCACGCCGCCCUCUGUGGUCAUGUCCACACAGAAGGCACUGGUGGCCGGCAAGUCCCAUGGGAUUACAGAGACUAUAAAAACCACUUGGAACCAGAAAAUCAGAAACAUCAAGCAUACCUCCAGUGACACAUAUUACCACAGUCCCAUCAGACAAGAAAAUCGCAAUUAUUUUGCAUUUCCUAUUGAAUUUGAUUCAUUGAGAACUAUUCUUAAAGAAAAUCAUAUACCUUUUGAGAACCAGUUUUAA